CAACACCGCAAAAAUGAUGGAUCCAACGGUGGAUAACUUAGUAUGGAAGAUAUUUGUAAUUUUACCUUUAUGUAAAAGGAAUUAGUCCAGCAUUAGCGAUGGUGAUGGGUGUGGCACUCACAAAUCCGGAUCGAACCCAAACCCAAUGGGUAUCCAUCUCCUACAAAUCCAUCAGACGGAGACACGUCCAUAAGAAUUCAUGAGCGUUCCAUGCUCUGGAGCAUCGACACUUGGGCCCGAACGCAAACAGAUGGCGUGCAGAAUUCAAAGGAAGUCGAGAAACAUCCCCCCGCCCACUGGAGCAUCGACGCGUGCGGACGACGCCACUUCCCAAGCCCGCGUCGCGGGGGCUGUCGACGACGCUGAUCACGCGUUCUUUCGCCCGUGCACCUCGCUGCAGAAUAAGAGACGCUUCCUCCACAACCAGGGACGGCAACUCUUCUCUUUCUCUCUCGUCGGAGGAAGAGAAGAGGGGAAGGGACUUAGGAUGGCGUGGUGGGAGCGGGUGGUGGUGUUCCCGGCGCGUCGAGUGUGGAUCGGCGUCGCCACCCGUCUCGGCGUCCAAAGGACCGGGCUGAAGAAGCUACGGAAGGAGGUGAGGACGUGCGAGUACGAGGACGUGCGCGUCAUGUGGGAGAUCCUGCGCAAGGCCGACUCCGAGACCGGACGGCGUCCUUCGCCGGCGGGCAGGGCGAUCCAGCGGCGGAGGCGGAGGCGGAGGCGAGGGCACGGCGACAUCUGGCCCUCCCUCUUCGAUUGGGCUCCUUGUUGCCUCUGUCGCAACUUGUGAUUCGGUCCAUCGCGCCGCCGCUCCCCGCCUUCUCUUCUCGGUUGCGUUGGCCGCCUGUACAUAAAGAAACGCUGCUGUCACGUACUACGUACCAUAGAAUGGAGAGAAGAAAGCCCCGCUCCGCUCGCUCGUCUUCUAUGGCUCCCACGCUGUUCAACCUCGAUCAAAGCUAGUCAUGUUCUUAUUUAACGGUGAUGUGGCAAUCGAGUCAAGCGAAGCUGUAACGUAUCGUGUUACGUUAGCAUCCUACAUGGCUCUCUAACCCCACGUGUCGAUAUUUCAGGAGGAUCCAUUUAUUAUUAUUAUUAUUCAAUCAACAAAUAAAGCAAAUCAAUUUUGAAUUAAGUAGGAUUUAAAAUUCCCAAAUCAUCAUCGAUCGGUUGGUUCAGAGAUGGCAUGCCGAGUCUUCUAUCAGGCUUUUACUGGGCUUGUGGUUGGGUUAUGAAGCAGUAGAGCCCAUGUUGUGAAGAGAUGAGAUGUGGUGGAUGCAUUGUAGUAGCUCAAUGCAUCAAGUCAAAAUGUUAAUUUCACAUGAUCGAGAUAGAACCCAUAUGAGGUGGUGGCUCAAUGCAAUCCAUAAGCAUUAGUUCCUGCCACGGAGUCGAUGAUAUUUUUCUUCCCUCUCAAAUUCAACUUGAUAGUGAGUUUUGCAUAGCUUCGAUAGCGUCCUGUUGUUCAUCCAUCCUUAUCAUCACAUCAUUCCUGAUGCAAAUAAUGUCCAAGUGUCCCUCUCUCGACGCUGAUGAAAUUAGCUUGUCAAAAUAGUGAAGUCAGUGCUCGGUUGCACGUUCAUGUUCCCUUCCCCAGCCGCUCGGAUUAAGCUGUCAUUUUCGGUAAGUCUCAUGAGAUGGAUGUCUUCUUCUUCUUCUUUGAUCAAGUAGCACCCACACUCUGAUUUGAAAUAUCUUCAAUCUAUGACCAUCAUCUCAAU